GCCCUAAACGGAAGCGAUCUCUUUUACGGCGGCUGUGGGGAGGUCAGGCAGGGGAUUCGGAGACACGCGGCCGAGCUGUUAAGAAAAUGGAUACCAAUAACCACCCCGGGGGCCGGGGAGGGUUCGGCAGCAUCUUCGGAGGUUCACCAGGCUACCCCCAUUCAGACCUGGCCGGGGUACCGUUAACAGGAAUGACUCCACUCUCUCCAUAUUUGAACGUGGAUCCAAGGUAUUUAACACAGGACUCAGAUGAGUUUAUUCUGCCUACUGGGGCAAACAAGACUCGUGGAAGAUUCGAGCUGGCAUUCUUUACGAUUGGCGGUUGCUGUAUAACAGGUGCAGCAUUUGGUGCAUUAAAUGGAUUGCGUCUUGGAAUGAAAGAAACCCAGAAUAUGGUCUGGUCCAAGCCCAAGAAUGUUCAGAUACUGAAUAUGGUCACCAGACAAGGUGCAACGUGGGCCAACACACUGGGAUCCUUAGCAUUAUUGUACAGUGCUUUUGGGGUCAUCAUUGAGAAGACCAGAGGAGCAGAAGAUGACCUGAACACUGUAGCAGCUGGCACAAUGACAGGGAUGCUGUACAAAUCUCCAGCUGGAUUACGAGGAGUAGCACGCGGUGGAUUGGCAGGCUUUGCUCUUGCAGGUAUCUAUGCUUUAUAUAACAACUGGGAACACAUUAAAGGCUCUUCAACACGGCUAUCAUUAUGAACACAUCUGGAACUGAA